UUUCAUGUACCAACACCACCUGUCCCUUUUGUUUCCUUGACUUCCUUAAUUGUGGACUCAGUAUUAAUAGGGCGGAUCACUUUGUACUCUCACAGCCUCUCCAAGCCUUCAACAAUGGCGGACAAGGUGUACACGAUAGUACUCCAUGUUGAUCUUGGCUGCCCACGCUGUCACAAGAAGAUCAAGAAAACCCUCUCCAAAUACCGAGAGAGAUAUCAAAUACAGGAGGAGAAAUUCGAUGAGAAACAGAACACAGUCACCCUCAGUGGACCCUUCUGCCCCAACAAACUCGCUAAGAAGCUCUGUUGCAAAGCUGGAGAAUCCAUUAAGUGCAUCAAAAUCCUCGACAAAAAGCCUCCAGAGUCGCCGCCACCGCCACCGCCUAAACCAAAACCAAAACCCACCAAACCAGAGGCGGAUCCACCCAAACCUCCCCCUGCUCCGAAACCUGACCCAGCCCCGACCCCUGCACCUAAACCGGUCAAACCAACAACUCCACCCAAAACACCCGAUCCUCCACCAAAAAAACCAGACCCUGUACCGCAACCUGUUUGUCAGCCGGUAUAUCCACCGGUCCAUCCGAUGGGGGUUUGUUGUAGACCAUGUUAUGAGGGGUAUGGAGGAGGACCAUGUCAACAAGGUUAUGGAUAUUAUGGAUACUAUGGGUAUGGGAGGCCGAGUUACAUAAGCCCCUGCUGCAGAUACUUCAGUGAAGAGGAACCUACUUCAUGCGCCAUCAUGUGAUGCUUGAUCGGUCUAACCUUUUCUGGUUCAAUUUCCAAAACUGGACCAGAUGGUUGGUUCGAGUUAUGCCGGUCGGUUUAGAGUAAGUGUUGGGUAAGGUGGGAUAAUUGGAUUUUCUGUUUUUAAUCUCUUCAUUCUUACUUAAGAAGAGCUAUAGCUAUGCAAAGAGAGGGGGAGGGGUUUAUAGUGAAUAGAAAUUGUAAUUUGAUGAAUAAAAGUGGAUUCAUAUCUGAUCAUAAGUCA